CCUCAUUGGUUGGAUUCGUUUUGGAGGCGUGGUACUAUACUGCCCCGGUUGUGUCCGGGUAAGAUGGCGUUGGAAGAGCAGUGCUCGGCACCACCUCGAUGGCAGGCCAUAUCAGUGACACACGUAGAGUUUCCAGAGGGGGAUCUCACGGGAAAACUGCUGGCCUACAUCAGUCUCCUACCCGUAGCUAUUCUUGUGAGCUUUGUCACUCUCAUAGUGUUUAAACGGGAACUGCACACGAUUUCCUUCUUCAUUGGAGUCCUCCUAAAUGAAGCAGUGAACUGGGUGCUCAAGCACAUUCUCAGAGAGCCGCGCCCUUGUGCAGGAGCUCACACAACUGUGUAUGCUGAGUACGGCAUGCCCUCAAAUCAUUCCCAGCUCAUCUGGUUCUUCGUUGUUUACUUCUUCCUUUUUCUUUAUUUAAGGAUGCAUCAGACAAACAAUGCUCGAUGCGUGGACCUGCUGUGGAGGCACAUCCUCUCCAUCAUCCUCCUGGGCAUGGCCUCGUUCGUCUCAUACAGCAGGGUCUACUUGUUGUAUCACACCUGGAGUCAGAUUUUCUAUGGGGCAGUGGCUGGCAGUACAAUGGCCAUUAUCUGGUUCUUUUUCACACAAGAGGUGCUAACACCUCUAUUUCCCAAAAUUGCAGCAUGGCCGAUAUCCGAGUACUUCCUGGUGCGAGACACAAGCUUAAUUCCCAACAUCUUAUGGUUUGAGUAUACAGUGACCAGAUCAGAGGCGAGGAACAGACAACGAAAGCUUGGAACAAAACUUCAGUGAUCUGCAGAGCACUUUGUGAAAACUUGAGUUUAGGCCCACACUUGGCAAACACACAGACAUUGUCAUUGACUAUCACAAACGAAGAUCAAGCGACAAUAAAAACAAAACGCACUCACACAGGAGAAUCAUCUUUCGGACUAACCUGGCUGUAAGGAAUGCUGGCAAGACCCGUUUUACAGGUGGAAAAAGUGUUCUGUGACCUGGCCCGAGGCCUACAGCCUGAGCACGUCCAUCUACACGCCUUCCCCUCUUGUACAGCUUGCCCCAAACGCUCUUCAGUGCAUGCAAGACUGUAAGAGGCAUACUAUUUAAUAAUAGAUUAAUAUAUAUUUUAACUAUAAACGCACGUUGACAGUAACAGUUUACUGUAAGAGAUUCAAAGAGCCAAAACGAAGGCUAUGAUCAAGUUUCAAACAUAUUGAUGGGCGUCAUUACAGCAUGUAUUUACUAACACUUUUUUUUUCAUAAUUGUUUUUUGUAUUUUCACUUUGGAUAAAGGGUGUGAGUGGGGAGGGGUGGUUGGUUACAGCUCUGUUGAUAAUUUGUGGAAUUAACAAUUUUUCAUUGUUAUAUAAUAGAAAAUGAACAAUUUCUAAAAUUGGUCAUGAUGUAAUAUACAUAAAAAUUUGCACUUUGUGAAAUUUGCAAGUCAAAAUAAAGACUAACACUAGUUAAAUGUUGAGAUCCUCCCCUUCUUUUUCCUCACAAGUCUUUGUGUCUUUGACUCGGUCCUAAUAUCUUAGGCUCCAAAGAUGAUCUGCAGGCACUGUAAAUCUUAAUUCUGUAAUCUUAAUUAUCAUGGUUGUAGUUUGUUUGUAUUUUCGUCGGAGGCUUUUGAGACUGGAUCACAGCAACGGGUUUGAGUUGUUCUUGGAUUGAGAAGGUGUUUUUGUUAUUGCCUCAUACACGGUAGCAACCUGGGAACAGAGUUCUAGGGACCGGUUUUCUUUUUGUUUUAUUCCAUUUCUUAUCUUGUUUUCUGUUGCAGAGAAGUUCUCUUUUUAUUUGCAUUUCCAAAAUAACAUUCCUGUAUCAUUUAGUGUUGAAACAUCAUAACUGAUGAGGGGGAUAUGUUUUGUAUUUUUUGUUUUUGAAAAAAGAUUUAAAAAUAUGCCUCAGGUCAGUUGUAGCAUGUGAUUAUGCUUUUUCCUCGCAGCCUAAGGCAGCUAAUGUUGAAAGCUGUCAAAUGGAGAUCUGAAGUGGAUUAAAACAGUCAUAUCAUUAGCUUCACAAAGGGAAGUAGUUCUCUUAGAAAUUUCUUUUUUUUUUUUUGCCAUGUGUAACCUCUAUUGGGCUGAAUAAAAAUCUGUUUACAAGA